AGGCCCCUGUGCUUGGGAUGGGGAGGGAAAUGAUGUCUUGUAAGAUGGGUGAGGGACCAGGAGUGCAGCCACAGAAGCCACAGAAGGAAAAGUGAGGGAGGACAUGUAUCUAGCCAUGGAAUGGCCUGCCCUGCAUCACCUGAGGCCCCAGGUAGGAGCAGGAAGGAGAAGGUAUGUUUGGGCUGUCCUUGGUGUGGUGGGACACAAGGAAAUAUCCCACAAAGCCACAGCUUCCCCAAGUUUUCCUGGACCCAAGGUGUGCAGUUCUCCCAACAACCCCCAAGGCAGGUUCUCACCCCUUGGCAGUUGGGAAAGCAGCUCAGGGCUCACAGAUUGCCUGGGCACAUGGCUGACCAACGGCCAGGCUGCCUCUCGUUGGGAUGCCCAGGGCACUAGAUUCUGCUCGGUUUCCUUCCAGGAACCUUGGCACAAGCCCACACUAGCCCCCGGGCUCCGAGGCCUUGGGCCCAGGUCAGACCUAACUUGAUGGUACAGAGACCCUAGUUCCAGGGCCCCAACCCCUCUGAAGGUGCUCAAGUAGGGGGAUGUGUCAAGGCUACAAGGGGCCUGCAACCUCCAGCUGUUCCUGUGCCCCAGGUAAGGGGAGGGGCACCUGUGUCUGCUCUUCCCACUUGCGUCUCCUAGGGUCCCUGAGUCAGUCACAAAUAAUUAUAGAGCACCUACUCCGCACAACAACCCAUGAAGUGGGGCUGCUAUUUAUUAAAGCGAUUUUACCGAUGAGGAAACCAAGGUGCCAAAUUCAGUCACUUGCCACUAGUCCCACUGCAAGUGGGGAGUAAUGUGAGGACUGGAACCCAGGCAGCCUGGCUUCAGAGCCUGUAGUGUAGUCACAGCUUGGUCUUGCCCCCAUGUGUGCAAGCUCAGAAGGCUGGACAGCCUCCCUGCCUAGGGUCAGAUUCAAAACAAACAGGGUCCCUGCCUUUUAGUAGGCAAGAUAGCCAAUAAAGAAAUACAUUGGCAGGGCUGGGUAGAUAGCACUCUGAGGAGGUGAUGUUUGAAUGGAGAAUCAAAAGGAGCGAACUUUAGAGGAUCUGGGAGGAGCACAUGCAAGGGCCCUGGGGUGGGCAUGUGCUUGGCACACCUGAAACAGUGAGGGGGCCAGUGUGCGGAGUAUAGUCCCCCAGGCCAGGAGCCUUGUGGCCCCUGUGGAAGGUGCCUUUAGCUGUGCUUUGCAUCUCAUAAUCUGAGUACCUGAGCACUGUAUCUGUCCCAAAGCCCCGGCCCUUGAGGAUGUCCUAGGCUGGUGGGAUAGGAAAGGCUAUAGGUGCUGUGACAGGUGGCCUGUGAGGUUGUAGGAGCACUAAGCCAGGAGCAGGUGCUUCCUGGAGAAGAAUAUCACCACCUUCUGUGUAGUGGGGUGCUCACUGCAGGCCAUGGAUGCAUUAGCACUGGGGGUUUUAACCCCAGAGCAUGCCUCCUUCUCUGUUCCAACAACGCACCCUGUGGGCCCCACCUCCUAGAAAAUGAUGGCCAGCCCCAGAGUGUGGCUUGCCUUCCACCCAGCUGCUGCCUUUGAAAGGUCCCUCCUCAGAGGCCUCUAUAGCCGCAGUUGCAUCUCCCCAGAGGCUGGGUGGGCUGGCCCUGGGUGAGGAGGCCUGAGUGUGUAGCUGGUCAGGUCUAAGCCUGGGCAAGGAUGCACCUUCCUUUCUUCUGAGGACCUUGUAGGUGAGGACAACAAACUGUCCAUGGAAAGUCGACCUCUGUCCCUUUGGAGACAGCACUGGCAGAGGCAGCUGCUUUUAAAUUUGUCCCUGUCCCCAGAGGGGCCCAGCACUCAGUGCCUUUGUCAAGGAAGAGGCAGAGGUGCAGGCAGCAUACCUUUCCCUGGGUGUGCAGGGCUGAGGGCUGUGUGUGCAAGCACAGAAGGCCACCACAACCUCCCUGCCUAGGGUCAGAUUUAGAUCCCUCCCUCCCCGUCUGCACCAAAGCCCAAGCAGAAGGUGCUUCAGCUGCUUCCUGUUGCAGUCUCAGACCAAGUCCUGUCACCCCCACAUGGCUGCAUCCUCCUCCCCUGCGGUGUGGCCACACUGGCCCCACCCUCUGCAGUCUCCAAUCCUGAGACCCUGGAGUAGGAUGGGGAAGCGGCUGGCCCAGCCACCCCUGCGCUCCUGUAGGCCUCCAGAGCCCCCUGACCUAGCUGCGAAGGAUGCUGCUGUCCUCAGCCCUGCAAAGAAGGCGCUUCCUCAGAGGGGCUAAGUGUUGUGAAUGCAGCGCCUCUCUCUCGCACCAGUACUAUGAGAAAGAUGGGCAGCUCUUCUGCAAGAAGGACUACUGGGCCCGCUAUGGCGAGUCCUGCCAUGGGUGCUCGGAGCACAUCACCAAGGGGCUGGUCAUGGUGGCUGGGGAGCUGAAGUACCACCCUGAGUGCUUCAUCUGCCUCACAUGCGGGACCUUCAUCGGUGACGGGGACACCUACACGCUGGUGGAGCACUCCAAGCUGUACUGUGGACACUGCUACUACCAAACUGUGGUGACCCCUGUCAUCGAGCAGAUCCUGCCUGACUCCCCUGGCUCCCACCUGCCCCACACAGUCACCCUAGUUUCCAUCCCAGCCUCAUCUCAUGGCAAGCGUGGCCUCUCAGUCUCCAUUGACCCUCCUCAUGGCCUGCCGGGUUGUGGCACUGAGCACUCUCACACCGUCCGCGUCCAGGGAGUGGACCCAGGCUGCAUGAGCCCUGAUGUGAAGAAUUCCAUCCAUGUUGGAGACCGGAUCCUAGAAAUCAAUGGCACACCUAUCCGGAACGUGCCCCUGGAUGAGAUCGAUCUGCUGAUCCAGGAGACCAGUCGUCUGCUGCAGCUGACUCUCGAGCAUGACCCCCAUGACACACUAGGCCAAGGGCCAGGGCCUGAGAUCAGCCCUCUGGUUUCCCCGGUUCACACCCCCAGCGGGGAGGCUGGUAGCUCUGCUGGGCAGAAGCCUUUCUUGAGGAGCCGCAGCAUCGACAGGUCCCCGGGAGCUGGCUCGCUGGGCUCCCCCGCCUCCCAGCACAAGGACCAUGGCCGCUCUGAGUCCCUCCGCGUCGUCUGCCGGGCACACCGCAUCUUCCGGCCAUCGGACCUCAUCCAUGGGGAGGUGUUGGGCAAGGGCUGCUUUGGCCAGGCCAUCAAGGUGACACACCGAGAGACAGGUGAGGUGAUGGUGAUGAAGGAGCUGAUCAGGUUCGACGAGGAGACCCAAAGGACAUUCCUCAAGGAGGUGAAGGUCAUGCGGUGCCUGGAGCACCCUAAUGUGCUCAAGUUCAUUGGAGUGCUCUACAAGGACAAGAGGCUCAACUUCAUCACUGAGUACAUCAAGGGGGGCACCCUGCGGGGCAUCAUCAAGAGUAUGGACAGCCAGUACCCAUGGAGUCAGAGGGUGAGCUUUGCCAAGGACAUUGCUUCAGGGAUGGCCUACCUCCACUCCAUGAACAUCAUCCACCGAGACCUCAACUCCCACAACUGCUUAGUCCGAGAGAACAAGAAUGUGGUGGUGGCUGACUUCGGACUGGCACGGCUUAUGGUGGACGAGAAGACUCAGCCCGAGGAUCUGCGAAGCCUCAAGAAACCAGACCGUAAAAAGCGCUAUACUGUGGUAGGCAACCCCUACUGGAUGGCGCCCGAGAUGAUCAACGGCCGCAGCUAUGAUGAGAAGGUGGAUGUAUUUUCCUUUGGAAUUGUCCUGUGUGAGAUCAUUGGGCGGGUGAAUGCAGACCCUGACUACCUGCCCCGCACCAUGGACUUCGGCCUCAAUGUGAGAGGUUUUCUGGACCGCUAUUGUCCCCCAAACUGCCCCCCAAGCUUCUUCCCUAUUACUGUGCGCUGCUGUGAUCUGGACCCUGAGAAGAGGCCCUCCUUCGUGCAGCUGGAGCACUGGCUGGAGACACUCCGCAUGCACUUGGCCGGCCAUCUGCCACUGGGCCCACAGCUGGAGCAGCUGGAGAGGGGCUUCUGGGAGACCUACCGGCGUGGCGAGAGUGGACUGCCUGCCCACCCUGAGGUCCCUGACUGAGCCCAGCCUACCCAGCUGCCCCUAUCCCUACCUCCGGAAAAUCAACCCUCACCAGAUUCCUCUGUCGAGGUGGCCAGGUGUAGAGCCCUCAGCUGAGGCAACGGGCACCCAGAGCCAGGCCCUGAUUUGCCUUCUCUCACCCCGCAGACCUCACCCUCUGCCCUCCCUCUGCCCAGGCCCUGGAGCUGGCCCAGCUUCACACACCAUCCUGUGGCCCUGCUGUACCUCUGUCUUGGCUUCUUCCUGCAUGAGCUGGAGGGCCUCAUGAGUUGUGCCCCAUCCUACACACCACUGCCCCUGGCCAUCCUGCACAUGCUGCACCCAUAUGCAGCCCUCCAAAGCUGGGCUGGGAGGCAGCCCCUGAACUGUGCCCUGUAACAGCUGGGUGCAUGGGAGGGCGUAUGUCCUGGGCAAGGCCAAGUUCCCAGGAGUGUACAUUCCCAGGAGCCAAAUGGCGAGUCUGGGGCCCACUGUUCCCCAAGGAUGUCUAGGGAGCAGCGGGCAUUGAUAAUUAUCCAGUCCCCCAAAGCAGAGAGACGUCUGAUCCUAGCCAUGGAAGGGCUGAGCAGCAGCCCUGCCUCUCACUUUGGGUCUUUUUCCUUUCUUUAUCAAAGCCACUUUAGUGAGAAACAAGUACUAGGCCUCAGGGUAAAGAGGGGUCCCUUGGAGGGAAGGGAGCCACAGUGCCUGGCACAGGGGGCGACUGGGCCAAGGGCACAAGGCAAGUGUCCACCAGCAGCCCAGCCCUGAGGUCAUCUCAGUACCCCUUCCCAGCCUCUCCCUGAGGCUCCCUGCCCUUCCUCACGCUCCCUCCCCCAUCCUCUGGGUUCUUUCUGUGUAAUCUAUUUUUUAAAAAGAGUUUGUAUUAUUUUUUCAUACGGCUGCAGCAGCAGCUGCUGGGGGCUUGGGGUUUUAUUUUUUUGGCGGGCGGGGUGGGAGGGCCAUUCUGUCACUUUGCCUCAGUUGAGCAUCUAGGAAGUAUUAAAACUGUGAAGCUUUCUCAGUGCACUUUGAACCUGGAAAACAAUGUAAAACAGGCCCAUGGGACUAUGACUUAAAGAGUGGGACACACUCAACCCAUCCAGGAAUCGUGACAUCCAAGGAACACAACCCAGACUCAGAACAAUAAAAUAAAUUCUGUACUCUCCACCC